UGUUUGUUUACGUUGGCAUUAAGAUUAUUCCAAUCCUGUUAUUUGAAUGAGGAGAAAUUAAUUUAUAGUUUGUGAUUUUGUUGUAAUUUAACAAUUUAGUCAGCAGAUUCGACUAUUUUCAGGAAUAAUUUUGAGCCAUCAAGGAUGCUGCAGCUGACUGAUACAGAUACUUCCGUUGAAGAGCCCACCAAAUCUGAGGAAGAGGUUGGGAUGGAUGUGGAAGAUGAUUUUAACCAAGAUGAAUAUUCUCAUUUAAAAGAAGAAUUAUUGACCUACCUUCAGGAAUCAAAACAUAGUUCAAAUGCAAAAUUUGUGUUGCUUGAACGGAACAAUAGUGCAGCCUUACAACGACCCAAUGCUGCUGAAAUUGCUAAACGAGACUCCAGUAUAAAAAAGAACACAGGUUUCAUAAAAAAAUUGCGGAACCUUGGGGCCACACAAGUAGACCAGCUGGUCAUAGAGUGCCACAGUCUCAAUCUCAGCAAAUAUCUGUCUGAGGCUGCGUCUGCCAUUGUUGAAGCUAGAAUCAAGUUUACUGACAUACCUUCAGCUGUUCUGCUCUGCACCGAGAUCAACUGCGUGUACCCUGAGUUCGCCCGUCCACUACAGGACGAGUUCAUCAAAGUCCUUGUUGUAAACAAGGAUGAACCUGUGGCCAAUGCCAAUCGGCUGAGGGUGGAACUGUGUUUCUACGCUGAGCUGAGCCUCUGUGGCAUUAUUCCUGCUCGACAGUCACUUCCUGUUCUGGGCACAACACUCACUGCCCUCGCACAAGACAAGACUUUCAACACUCUCAGUCUGAUCCUGAGCUUCUGCAAGCACUGUGGAGCUGACUUUGCUGGACUGGUACCUCGCCGCAUACGUCUGCUAUGUGAACAAUUCUCAGUGACAUUGAAGAAAACCACUCUCCUGGGAGUGUCCAAACAAGAGAGUGUGAGGAACUUGCUCCAUGACUACUAUCUAUCACUGUGUCGACAUCUCUGUAACGAACAAGUAAAACUGUCAGCAUAUGAGAAGCAAAGCAGACAAAUUCUGAUAGCUAAAGGAGAGCUUCGCAGUGAUCGAAUCUCGACUGCUGAGGUUAUGCGUGCUGAGAUCCAAACACUUCUGAGUGGAGCUGUAACUUUAGCUGAACUUCUAGAUGUUGAGUUGCCAGAUCUUCCAGAUGCUGAUUUCCAAGACCUACAACUUGGAGAUGGGGAAGACUGUAGUGGAGGUCAUGUCUGGGAGGAUGAGACUACUCGUUUAUUCUACACUCAGCUGCCUGAUGUUAAGGAGUAUUUGGCACAACUUAAUAAACAGGAGGAAUGUAAAGAAAGAAGUACAACAAAAAGUGAAUCUUUUAAGACAGAUGAUGGUGAUAGUACAUGCAAGAAAGGUGCCUUAGAAACAUUCCUAAAACUAUUGCCCAACUGUAGCAACUUGGAGAUGGUAGACAAUGCUGCACUUGAGUUCUUAGUUUACUUUAAUUCCAAGAUUGGCCGUAAGAAACUGACCAUAACGCUGUUCAUGGUGCCAAGGACUAGACUGGAACUGCUGCCUCUUUAUGCUCGGUUUGUGGCCAUCUUGAGUCCAGUGGUUCCUGAUGUAGCAACCAACUUGUGUCAGCAACUGAAAUCAGAAAUGUUGAGACAUAUCAACAAAAAGGACCAAGUAAACAUAGAGUCAAAGAAGAAGACUGUUAAAUUUAUUGGUGAACUUGUCAAUUUUGGAGUGUAUGCCAAGAAGGAAGUGCUGCGUGCAUUGAAGCUGCUCUUAUACGACUUUACCCACCACAAUAUAGAAAUGGUGUGUUGUCUACUGGAGACAUGUGGAUGUGUAUUGUAUGCAGCAUCAGAUACUCACCUCAGCAUUAAGUACUAUCUUGAGCAAAUGAUGAGGUUGAAGACAAUUAUGGCUUUAGAUUCCCGGUAUGUGAUUCUCAUAGAGAAUGCAUAUUACCACAUCUUGCCCCCUGAGAACACUGUUCUACAACCACCCGUCCAGCUGACACCACUACAGCAUUAUAUCUCCAAAACCAUCUAUAGUGAUUUAAUGGAGCCCAAUUCAGAGACGAUGGUGUUGACUGUGCUGAGGAGUCUGGACUGGGAGAGUGAGGAGACAGCAGCCUACACGGUCCAGUGUCUCACCAAGGCUUUCAAUAUUGGUUAUUCUCGUAUUCGAGCUCUAGCCAGCGUCGUUUCCAUGCUGACAGACUAUCAGGAGGAGGUCGUCUGUUGUGUGGUAGAUGGAGUUCUAGAAGACAUCCGUCUUGGUAUGGAAGUGAACAAAGCUUCAAUGAACCAGAGGCGAGUUGCCAUGAUCAAGUAUUUGGGCGAGCUGUACAAUUAA